AUGCGUUUCGCUACCGUCUCCGCUGCUCUCGCUGCCUUCGCCUCCACCGCCGCCGCGGUGCCCGUGAGCGAUGCGGCCUCAGCCUCGCCUUCUCUCAGCGUCAAGCUGAGCCAGAUUGACAACACUCGCGUCAAGGCCGUUGUGACCAACUCCGGCAAGGAAGAUGUGGACUUUGUGCACCUGAACUUCUUCCGUGACAGCGCUCCUGUCAAGAAGGUGUCUGUUUUCCGCGGCAAAAACGAAGUCCAAUUCGAAGGCGUCAAGCGCCGUUUCCGCAUGAACGGCCUCACCAAAGAAGCCAUCACCUCGCUUGCCGCGGGCGCCUCCAUCGAAGAUGAAUUCGACAUCGCCUCGACCUCCGACCUCGCCAAGGGCGGCACCAUCACGCUGAACAGCAAGGGCUUCGUCCCCGUUGUCAAGAACGGCAAAGUAACCGGGUACAUCCCAUUCACAUCGAACCAGCUCGACGUGGAAGUGGACGGACCCAAAGCGUCCAAGAUCACCAAGGCGAUUGCCCAGAACCUCCGCCGCACCAGCCUGGAGAGCUGCUCUGGCGACCAGAAGUCGGCGCUCGAGAAGGCGCUCAGCAACGCCGCCGACCUGGCCACGCAGGCCGCGGACGCCGCGGAGUCCGGCGACGCCGAUAAGUUCGAGGAGUACUUCAUGACGACGGACAAGGAGACCCGCAGCACUGUGGCGGAGCGGUUGCGGGCUGUCGCGAAGGAAGCGUCUUCGACCUCUGGCGGCUCGACCAAGUACUACUGUGAGGAUACCCUGGGAUACUGCGAGCCGAAUGUCCUGGCGUAUACGCUUCCGUCGCAGGACCUCAUCGCGAACUGCGAUAUCUAUUACUCCGAGUUGCCGGCCCUCGCGGAGGAGUGCCAUGCUCAGGACCAGGCCACUACGACUCUUCAUGAGUUCACUCAUGCCCCCGGUGUCUACUCCCCUGGUACGGAUGAUCUGGGAUAUGGGUAUGAUGCCGCGACGCAGUUGAGCGCGAAGGAUGCGCUGAACAACGCAGAUUCGUAUGCUCUGUAUGCUAAUGCUAUCGAGUUGAAGUGCUAG